AUUGUCAGGCUGCUUGGGCUUUGAUCCCAGUGGAUACACGGACACCGCCGGAACCAGCAGCGCAAAGAGGAGACCCCCGAGUUUCGCUCGGUACACCAAUAGCGUCUGAUAUCAUUGUCGACAUUUCCACGAGUUUUCAGGAAUGGCGGAGGCGCACCAGGCAGUAGCGUUCCAGUUCACUAUCACCCCAGAGGGCAUCGACCUGCAGCUCUCGCAUGAGGCCCUCAGGCAGGUGUACCUCUCUGGCCUGCGGUCCUGGAGAAAGAGGUUCAUCCGCAUAAGGAACAGCGUUAUUUCGGGCGUGUACCCUGCCAGCCCGUACUCCUGGCUGUUUGUCGUCGUGGCGAUUCUGGCGACGAUGUACACACGCUCAGACCCGUCCAUGGGCCUCAUCUCCAAAAUCCAGGAGCACCUGCCUGUGAGUGAGUCUCUCAGUGUGCAGAGUCAGAUGGUGGUGGUGGCAGUGCUGUUUGGCACGCUCAUUUGGUUCUCCUUCAUCUUGGCCAUGCGCCUGUUUCUGAAGUUGCUGCUCUCCUAUCAACGCUGGAUUUUUGAGCUGCAUGGCAAAAUCUCCAUCACCACCAAAAUCUGGGCGGUACUGAUUAAGCUCUUGUCAGGCAGGGAGCCCUUGCUGUACAGUUACCAGUCCUCUCUCCCAAACCUGCCUGUUCCUGCCGUCAGGGACACAAUCAAGAGGUACCUGGAGUCAGUGCGGCCACUCAUGAGCACCACAGACUUCCAGCGCAUGACUGCUCUGGCCACACAGUUUGAGAACAACUUGGGCACCCGGCUGCAGUGGUACCUCAAGCUCAAGGCACUCUGGGCAUCCAACUAUGUCAGCGAUUGGUGGGAGGAGUAUGUCUACCUCAGAGGAAGAAGCCCCAUCAUGGUGAACAGCAACUACUACGGCAUGGACUUCCUGUAUGUGACCCCCACUUCCAUCCAGGCAGCACGGGCAGGGAACACUAUAAAGGCCUUACUGCUGUACAGGAGGAAAAUCAACUUAGAGGAGCUGAAGCCUAGUCAUAUUCCAGGCACGGUCAUUCCUCUGUGUGCUGCACAGUUUGAGAGGAUGUUCAACACCACCCGCAUCCCAGGAGAGGAGGCUGACACCCUGCAGCACUGGAAGGACAGCGACUAUGUGGCGGUCUACCACAGGGGGCGGUAUUUCAAGCUGGGGGUGUACCGGGCCGGCAGGCUGCUAUCACCCAGAGAGCUUGAGUUCCAGAUCACCCGGAUACUGGACGACCCCUCGCCGCCCUGCCCGGGAGAGGAGAAACUGGGGGCCUUGACUGCAGGGGACAGAGAGCCGUGGGCACGUGCGAGGAAAGAGUUCUUUGGCUCCGGGGUGAACAAGCGAUCUCUAGACUGCAUUGAGAAAGCGGCGUUCUUCGUAACCCUGGACGACGAUGAGCAAGGCAUGAUGGGAGACGACCCGGCCCGAAACCUGGACAUCUAUGCCAAGUCCCUCCUGCACGGAAAGUGUUACGACAGGUGGUUCGAUAAGUCUUUCUCCGUGGUGGUCUUCAAGAACGGAAAGAGCGGUCUGAACGCGGAGCACUCCUGGGCCGACGCUCCGACCGUGUCCCACCUUUGGGAGUACGUGCUGGCCUCAGACGCCUUCCAGCUGGGGUACGAUGGAGAGGGCCACUGCAAAGGAGAGCUGGAUCCCACCCUGCCCCGGCCACAGAAGCUGAGCUGGGACAUUCCCCCAGAGUGUCAGGAGCAGGUGACCCAGUCCCUGAUGGUCGCCCAGACCCUGGCUGAUGACGUGGAUUUCCAUGUGAUUCCGUUCCGGGACUUUGGGAAGGGGAGGGUGAAGAAGCACAAGAUCAGCCCCGACGCCUUCAUCCAGCUCGCCCUGCAGCUGGCCUAUUACCGGGACAGAGGGAUGUUCUGCCUGACCUACGAGGCGUCUAUGACCCGUCUGUUCAGAGAAGGCCGGACAGAGACGGUGCGAUCCUGCUCCAACGAGAGCUGUGCGUUUGUCAAAGCCCUGGAGGAGGGAGAGGACAUGGAUGUAUGUAGGCGGCUGUUCCGAUUGGCUGCCGAGAAGCACCAGAACCUCUACCGAUUGGCCAUGACGGGAUCUGGCAUUGACAGACACCUCUUCUGUCUCUAUGUGGUCUCCAAGUACCUCGGAGUGGAGUCUCCUUUCCUUAAGGAGGUGCUGUCCGAACCCUGGCGCCUGUCUACCAGCCAAACCCCGGUCCAGCAGAUUGAGCUGUUUGACCUGGUGAACCAUCCGGAGUACAUCUCCUGCGGAGGAGGGUUUGGCCCGGUGGCCGAUGAUGGCUAUGGAGUGUCCUACAUCAUCGUGGCAGAGGACAUGUUCAACUUCCACAUCUCUUGCAAGCACUCCUGUGCACAGACCGAUGCCCACCGGUUUGGGGCCCAUAUCAGACAGGCUCUUCAGGACCUCCUCAAAAUGCUCAACACCGACAAGAAGGACCCAGCUGGGGCAAGCCAGACCCCAGCCCAGACGGACAAACAGAAGACACGCUGAGUGACCUUUGGGAACAGGAUUCCAAGUCAUGGAGUUAAAGAAUUAAUGCCAGAUCAAUGCAAAUACAUAUUAUCAAUGCAAAUAGACUUAUUCUCACUACUCUAUGAAUUGUAAAGAUAGCUAUUUAUUUGUCAGAUUCGCAUCUGAUAAUGGUUUUAUUUUUUGAUGUUGAGAAAUUGUGAACGCAGAAAAUUGUGGUUGAAAUGACAUGAGGAUUAAGGGUUUUAAUGCGGCUGUAAUGCUGUAAGGAAGUGGUAGGCAAUGGUGUGUUUUUGUCAGCACCCUCUGCAUAUUUCUACUGCUUCUCUGCCAUUUUUUUGGUUGGGGGGGGGGGGGUGGUGUUCAGAACUGAAACCCCUGCCUCAUUUGUCUAUGUCUCUGGCGAUAACAUUACAAUGCUAAAUAGCACUUGUCUGAAAUUCCCCCAGCGUGAAGAUUGUUGCAGAGAAACAAAAGAAAUGAGCACGUAUACUGGGUUUGUGCUGUCAAGAGAUGCUGAAGUGUAACUGAAAUUGCCUUUAACAUUUUAUGUUUAAUUCUUCUUUUACUGUGCACUGAUAAAUACUGAUAAUGUAUCAAUCAACAUAUAUGGUAUUAAUGGAUUAGUAAUUUACCUGAUUGUAUCGCUGUGGAAUUGUAGAAUUUGGGGACCAUGUGGAAAAAGGUAUAUAGUUGUGGCAGUCAAAUCUUCUUUUGUUGUGCUUUCAUUUUAUGAUACACUGUUUACAAGUACUGCUCUCCUCGUAUGCACAAUACCAACUUGUAGAUUGAAAAGGCUUAUCUAUUCUGGCUUCUUAUUGGUUGCAAAAUUGUGUCUGAUGGAAUCUCACACAAGCUGCCCAUACAGAUCACUGGUAGUAAUAUUCUGUCAUAAUGGCAUGUUUAAAAAUGCCGCUAGUUAUUCUACAUUGGUAAUGACAGCUAUAACAGUAUGUAGCAGUGCAAUGUACCAGACCAACUGAUGCAUUUCAUAGCCCACAGACCAACUAAAAUAUGUCCCGGCUUGUUUGGUUAUCAGAUGCACUGAAAUGGCGUCUCUGUAGCAGGAAAUAGUGUGUUUCCGUGACACUCAGGUCUUUUGCAGGAAUUUGAGCAGGCCAAGUACCUGCACUGUGUUGUGUAACCUUUUAUUAACCGGGAAGUUAUUUCAGGGAAAAGUUGUCUUUUCUACAUGUCAUGCAACAGAAACUAAACAAUGCAAGAUGUUUUUUUUCCAGCCAUCGCGAGAUCAGUAUAACAAAAAGCAUUAUAAUAAAAUUACACCUGUAACUGAUGGCUUAGAUUCUUUCUAUCUAUUUCUGUUUAUCUGUCAUUCAUGUCUCCAAAUCAGCCUUUGUACAGUUGCUUUUUUAACACAUUCUAUUGAAAAAAUCUAACUUCCUAAUGCUGCUUUUAUUUAUUACAGUAAUACUGGAACUGGUGAAACUAUUAAAUAUCUAUAUCUGUUUGUACAAAUAAACUGGACCCACUGA